AUGGAUGACCUGAACCUGCACUUCAGGUUCCUGAACUGGCGCCGACGGAUCCGGGAGAUCCGGGAGGUGCGGGAGGUGCGCUGCCAGGAACGUGCCCGGCACAUCCUGGUGGAUGGGGACACCCUCAGCUACCGUGGCCCCUCGGGCGAGGUCGGCUGUUACGUGGCCCCACGGCCACUGACCCGCGACAGCAACUACUUCGAGGUGUCCAUCGUGGACAGCGGGGUCCGCGGCACCAUUGCCGUCGGGUUGGUCCCGCACUGCCACAGCCUCGAGCACCCCCCGGGAUGGGGGCCUGGCUCUGUUGCCUACCACGCUGAUGAUGGAAAGCUCUACAGUGGCCGAGCCAAGGGGCGCCAGUUUGGAUCCAAGUGCAGCUCUGGGGACCGAAUCGGCUGUGGUGUUGAGAGGGGCUCGUUCGGGGCCCCCCCCGCCCAGGUUUUCUUCACCAAGAAUGGCCAGAGGGUGGGGGGGCUGGGGGUGCCACUAUCGCCCCCGGGGCUUUUCCCAGCCGUGGGGCUGCACUCGCUGGGGGAGGAGGUUCGGCUGCAUCUGCCCCCGCCCGGACCAUCCGAGGAGGAGGGGGGAGCGAUGCUGGUGGACAGCCUGGAGGAGGAGUGGGGGAGACUCCAUGACGUGCGACUCUGUGGUUCUGUGCUGGAAUACGUGGGGAAGGGGAAGAGCAUCGUGGAUGUGGGGCUGGCCCAGGCCCGGCGGCCACUCAGCCCCCGUAGCCACUACUUCGAGCUGGAGAUCCUGGACCCCGGCGAGAAGUGCUACAUUGCCCUGGGCGUGGCCAGGAAGGAUUACCCCAAAAAUCGUCACCCCGGCUGGAGCAGAGGCUCAGUGGCCUAUCACGCGGAUGACGGAAAGCUGUUCCAUGGCAGCGGGGUCGGGGAUCCCUUUGGCCCACGCUGCUACAAGGGUGACAUGAUGGGCUGUGGGAUCAUGUUCCCUCGGGACUACGGCCGGGACAGCGAAGGUGACAGCGAUGACUCCUCGGAGCCCCCGGAAGUGAAGGUGAAGGUGCGCAACGUGAUGUACUUGGAGGAGGAGGAGGAAGAGGAGGAGGAAGAGGAGGAGGAAGAGGAGGAUGGGGAGGACAUGGAGCAGGAGGGCAGGAAGGUCGUGGUGUUCUUCACGCGGAACGGAACGGUCGUGGGGCGCAGGGAGGUUGGGGUCCCCCCCGGGGGGCUCUUCCCCACCGUGGGGAUGCUCAGCACUGGUGAGAGGGUCAAGGUGGACCUGCACCCCCUGAGCGGAUAAAGGGGGGCCCACGUGGGGUCCUCCAACAUCUGAAACCCUCUGGUGCUCCCGGACCCACCCCGGGCUCUCCCAGUGCACUUUAGGGUGUUUCCACAACAGUGGAGAUGCCCCCCAAGGUGGUUUUUAGGGGGUUCACUCCUGCCAUCCCACAUUAUUUUGUGCUUUGAAGGCUCUUGGGGGGGAGUGUCCCCCAAGCAAAUGCCCCCAUUGACCCCUCAAAAGUACCCCACUGUUGUCCCCACCGAGAUGGUUUUUGGGGGUCUCAGCCAUGGCCUCUACCAUAUUUUUGGGGAACCCAUUCCUGCCCCACCUCCAUGUUUGUGAGGGACUCAAUCCUGCCCCCCCCCAGUCAUCCCAAUGACCCCCCCCAGGUGGAUUUGGGGGUCUCAGUCAUGCCCCUUCCACCAUGGGUGACCCUUAUGCUCCCCCAGAGCUCCCCAAACCACCCCUUUGACCCUCUCCAGCCCCCCCAACCCCUCCCACUCCACUGACCUCCCUAGUAUCCCCUCAGAUCACAUCUGUGCUCCCCAUCUCUUCCAGCACUCCUCAUUCUUGGAGAGUUCCAGGGGGCAGAAUUAGGGGUUCUCCCCCAAAUCAUGAAUGUAACCUGACCUUUUCAAUUCCAUGGGAGCCCCCAGAGUCCCCAGCUCUGUGGUGGGGGCUGGGCUGUUUUUGGUGCCCCCUUUGAUGU